UUAUUGGCUCAGUUGUUAGUGGAUGCUAGACCGAUGAGCAGCGCGCGGUUCAGUUGACGGUUCCUCCUGUUUCGUUUCGCGUUUCCGUUCCGAGUUCACGUUCUCGAGUCAUCAUGUUGAUACACAGUGCUUUAGUGCUUUUCUCGGGAGUGAUGGCCGUGUCGAUGGUGGCCGCCUCGACGGUUCCCAGUGCCGCCGACGGGAGCUUCAGCAUUGUUACGAAGUUGUACGACGAAUGUUCGGCCAAAGAUUACAGUUUGAGCACGUGUUUUAAGAUGAAGGCAGUGACUCUGUUCGACCGGGUGGCCCGCAGUGAUUCCAUUCCGUUCGGCGAGCAGCUGUCCUUCGUCAAGGAGGAGAAAGACCGACAGGACUACGGCCGCGCCAUCACCGAAAAUGAUCUCGAGUCCAGCCUGGCCUCCACCAGCGAGGAACAGAAGGAUACCACCCUUAACUCCAUGCUCUUGGACCGAGUUUCCCGCUUCAUGAACAGCCAUACCAUCAAAAUUAGUUUACCCAAAUUGUCCUCUGAGGAUCUCUCUAGGAGUUUAGAAGAAGCCCGAGGGAAGUCCAAGAAGCAGAUGAGCAUGAUCAUGAUGGCCAUCGCCAUGAAGGCAAUGAUGCUAAUCCCGUUGGCGAUCGGAGCCCUGUUCCUGCUGGCAGGAAAGGCCUUCAUCAUCUCCAAGAUCGCCCUUGUCCUGGCCCUCAUCAUCACCCUCAAGAAGCUCCUCUCCAAACAACACGAGCACCCGCAUGAGCACGGAUGGUCCUCUGGCGGUGGUGGCCACGGCGGUGGAUGGGACAGGCGCUCGCUCAUCAAUGACGUCACCCACAACCUCGCCUACGGAGCCCAGAAGCCCCAGCAGUAAAUCAAUCAAAACCCCAUGAAUGUGGGGACCGACUCAGCGUUCCAUUUCCCGCCAAUAAAUAUGACCGUCCAAAUCAGUUCGCCCUAAUCGCCAACGAGAUCCAGAGACUCCGAGCUCCAAGCCUCGAGAAACAUAACGGCACGAUUCUCAUUAUGUUUCUAUUUCGUCGAAUUUGACGUGCCGAAGGCUCUAAGCACAAACAUAAGAUUAUUUAAGAAGAUCCCUUUUAGUAAAAAUUAAAUAAAAAAAAAAGUGUCUGAAAGUAGCCUCAAUGAAUCAGCAGUUUUUAAAAGCUACACAAUCCAAUUUCGCAGAUAUUAUCGUUUUUUGGUCGUAUAGAUUCUAACCUAACGAUGCGCGAUUUUGUUCAAGGCUACUGGGAUAAUUUGAUCUCCUAGAAUAACAUUGAAAAUAGUUAAUGUGUUUAUAGGGGAUCAAUUUCCCGUAAGAAGUGAGAUGUGAUCUUUUCCACAAGAAUAUUUUUUAAACACGCUUAAAAUCAAAAAUUUAAAGUUUAAUGAGAGAGUUCAAGUUGAAUUGAACAUUCAAUUCUGGAUUGAUGGUUCUCAUUUUGCAGAUAUUGGUUCUUGUUUAAUAAUUGUGCCAAAAAAGUGACUGUUUUUUCAAUUAGAACAAUGCGCGUUGUCUCAAAUUAAUUUGAAUUUAACGACUUUAAAAAGGAUCUUUGAUAUGUUACUUAAAUCGGUUGUUAUUGAUCACUCAUCAUUGACAUAGUGCCGAUGAUUUGAACGUUAUUUGAAAAUAUUCCCCGACAACCGCACACCCUUUUUUUUACGAAACAAAGUUCGAACUUGUAAGUCUCAAGGCAGAUUGAAAUAAUCUUCUCCUCCAUGCUCAAACUUCCCCUGAUUUUUCAAAGAUGUACUUUUGUAAAUGUUAACUUAUUUAUUUAUGUCUUAAUUUAUUUCUUAAUUUUUAAGUAAUUUAUUAUAUGAACCAUAAAAUUUAUGAAGUUCAUAAAUUUUUGAAUGUAAUUGAUUUUUUUCAAUGAUAGAAUCUCGAUAAAAGCUGUAAAUACCCGUGACUUAAAGUCUCAGCAGUUUUGCCAAAUGUUUCGUUCUAAGUCAUUUAUUUAUAUUCGAAAAAAAUUAAAAACAAAAUUUCAACGGCCAUGAUAUUUCUGUAAUUGUAAACUACAUCUUGUACAAACCGCAGAAACACAAAGCGUGAGGCAUCCAGUGAUAUAGAAUGCAAUCAUCAUCAAAUUAAAAAAGAGAUUGAAUGACGACCAACAUUGACGCGACUGACAUUUAUCUCAUUUAUAUCACAAAGAAAUGAAUUUUGCACCAUAAAAUCUGAUAAAUAUACGAUAACCAAUUUUCUUACCCUUGAGACGUAGAUUAGGCGCAGAUACAGAACUGACAGAGAAAAGAAUCGCAUUUCUAACCAAAAUAUGGCUGUGAAAAAUUACUCCCCUCUCCUUACUCUUACUAUGAAUCCGAACCAUCAAAACAGUUGCCAACUCUACUAAAUUGGAUGAGAUUACCAAAUACCACACCGUACUCGCUUUACAACUUCAGUGACUCGAUGUUGUCUCCGUAUGAACUUGAAACUACCAUACAACCUAUCUCAACCAUGACGGACUUCCAAUUUAUCUAUAUGAUGAUGACCGAUCACGAAACACUAGGCAACGUUCCCAAAAUGACAAUAUCAAACGCACAUCACGAACGACUCUAUAUCUCAAUACCACACUUCACGGCAUGUUAGGGCCCUGCAGGACACAACAAAUGCAAUCAACAAAAUGUCACCCUCGACGUGAUCGCUUUCCAUCGCUCAUUUUUCCAGACCGCAUCCUCCAUAUUUACCUGGAGGUUCCCGGUCUGCUCAAGCUGAAACGGCACCAAAUUAUUUCUUGCUUUUCUGCAACCGGUUGCACUGCUCACGGUCAGUCAGUAUACGGUAAAAUGCAUUUAAAUAGAUGAUAUAUAAGAAAGGACCACCCGCAAAUGAUAUCAUUAACUGCGCCAUUUGAUCGAAGCUUUUUGAGCCUCUUCCGCUUUCUCCUCCGUUUGCUUAGUCAUUGCUUUAUUGCAUUUUCCCGCGAUGUUUGAUAUUAUUUCCUCUACUGAGUAUUUCCUUCCUUCCAGUUCACAUGCUUCCCGGUACCCUAUCUCUUUUCACCGACGACAACCCCUUACCUUCACUUUAAACUACUUACUGAAUGACUACUUACUGAAACGACUUUAUGACUUUUAAAUACGGAACCAUUAUACCGCAAACUCUUACUGACGGCUCAGACAUAUGCUUUCAAAAGCAGACAUUUUCCAACUUAAGUAUCAGACUGAGUAUCAAUUGAUACUCCUUUUCGGUGAGAGUCUGACGAGCUAGUUUUGUAUAUUAUCAUAUCGAUAACUAUUUUGAUAUGUGACUCGACGACAAUUUACUUAUUACGAAACUACCUGUGAGACACGACAGACGGACUUUCGAUUUAUAUUGAUAAAAAAGCAAUACACUGUUAGAGAUAUCUUCGUUCUCGCGUUACUUUUGGAUAAUACAGAUGUGAAAUACAAACAACACCAAUUUUGUGUUGAUUUUGUGUUUUUCUUCCGGUAUUAACCAAACUUUUGCGUUGAAAUGUCUCUCAGUGUAGAACUGACCGUGGGAGGAUCAACAGCCUCAACAUGGCGAAGUUUAACGUAGGCACGCAAAAACUCGACGCUUUGACAAACGAAUUUGACGUUGACUGACGCGAACGAGGAACGACGCUCCUCAAUUACCCCGACUGAACUUAAUUGACGCGAAUGAAAACGAAACUUACGCGGGGCAUGACUCUGCUUUCCUGCGAUCCCCGACUUACUUUCACUGGCACGAUUGAAUUAAGGGUCCCCGACUCUGACUCUGAGACGGACGAAAACUGAAUGACGCGAGACUCAGACACACAUCAUUACUGACAUUAUAUCAACGAUCAUUAUCAAUAAUACCGACUCCGAGGCAGACCCCACGACUGGAGAUCCUCGCAGACCGCUAAUUGAAAUUAACCUCACGACGGGACGUACGCAUUGACCGCGGCUCAUGGAAAAUGA